AUGAGCACCAAAGAGAGUGAGCCCAAGACGCAGGAGGAAGUGGACCUAGACGACCUCCUCGACGAUGCGCUAGACGACUUUGCGGACGAGGUGAGCGCCUCGGAGAUGUCGAAAGUCACGAAAGAAGCAGCUGCCACAACCGCGGCGACACAAGAGAGCGAAGAUAACAAGCUGCAGGAGAACAUGGCCAAAUUCCUCGAGGACGCACAGAAUCCCGAGUUUCAGAAGGUGCUAGAGCAGGCAUUUCGCGAGUUGGGCACGGACGCGGAUGCGGAGAAUAUAGAGCAGCUAUUGGGCUCGUUGAAGACGGAAAACUCGACGGAUGAGACGGAUGACGUCAAUGCUGGUGUGGCCAAGACACUGCAGAAUAUGGCAAAGGCGGCGGAAGACAUGGAAGGCGUGGGGACGGCACAGGUGGAGGCCAUGGGGGAAGAAAUGAUGGCCGAGAUGAUGAAGAAGUUCGAAGAGAUGGGAGAGAAGAGUGAUUUCCAGGACUUGGUGGACGGAAUGAUGCAGCAAUUACUGUCGAAGGACGUCAUGUAUGACCCCAUGAAGCAGAUCUGCGAACGGUAUCCUGAGUGGCUUGCCGAAAAGGAAUCGCUGUUGUCGAAGGAGGAUUAUGAAAGAUAUGGCAAGCAGUACCAGUACUUCCAGCAGAUUGUUGCAGUGUAUGAGUCAGAGCCCGAUAACUAUGCUCGGCUGUCAGAGCUGAUGCAGGAGAUGCAGGAGACCGGCCAACCUCCUUCCGAGAUCGUAAAGGACCUUGCUCCAGGCCUGCAGUUCGACGACGAAGGAAUGCCGAUCAUGCCCAACAUGGGUCCUGGCAUGUUCCCCGGUAUGGCUGGAAUGCCUGGCAUGCCCCUUGGUGGCGUCCCAGGCCAGGAACAGUGCUCUGUGAUGUGA